AUGACCAACCCUUCCAUGACGAGGAAUGAUAUUUACUUUCAUGAACCAGAUUGUAAAUUUGACCACCUUAUACCCAAUCCCGACAUCCUUGACAUUAUAAUAAACAACGUAAUCGAUUCUUAUUCUACUACAAAUGCAAAAAUUACACGUGAAUUCAUCGAAGAUACCAUCAAACAACCGUUGCAUGCUCUUUUAAUUCCUCCUCAUAAAUGCAAGUCGCCUUUUGCUUACCAUCAUCAUUCAAACGCUCGUACUUUAUUUAAACAAGAUUACAUUAAUAUAAUACACAAGGAGAUUUCACACACUAAUGAACAUAUUUCUCGUCCCAAUUCGAUCAAGAAAAUGUAUUCAUUAACGUCUACAUCCUCUUCUCAAACGGAUCGAGAAAUAAACAUGUUAGCCUCCCUGUGGAGCGAAUCUUCCGCGGAAGUUAGACAAGUUUAUGAAGUAUUGGAGAUGUGCAGUGAAAAAGUUCACGAGUACAUGUUCAAGGCAAAUAGGGUCAAAAAAGAACAUGAAAAGUCCAUGAAAGAACCGAAUUUAACUUGUUUUUCAAAUUCGAUUAAUUGGAUUAAUAAGGAAUGA